AGAAUCGGUCCUGACUCCUGAUGAUGACUUGGAUGCAUGCUUUGGUGCUGAUGAGGGACAGAUGUUCACAUUACCGCUGUAACACUGCUGUAUUGCAUGUGAUGUUCACAAGCAGGCUUCAGUAAUCCACAGCGGUGAGAAAAUUUAAAUGUCGACAUAAAAGGCGCGAGCGCUGGGCUGUUUGACGGCUCUCCAUCACUGAAUGAGAUCCUCACAAUGAGAGCCGAGCAGAGGCGAAAGGACGCGACUGCCAUACAUUACGCAGAAGAGACUGAAACAGGGGAACGUCACUGGAGCCCAAAAAGGCACAAAAGACGACCGAAAACCGACAGCCAUUCGGGAAAAGCUGGAGAGACGGUUCGUUUUCAAUGAUCGUCACACGGUAAUUGUCCCCCGUUCAUACUGGUGAUGUUUGCAUGAGAAGCCAGCGCGGUUAACAGUGGGAUUAUGACAGCGGUGAUUUCCAGCUGUUUCUCAUUGUUUGCAUGCUAACAACCUGUGUAUACCAACACAGAUUUGUGUUGAAAGGUGUGAACAUAUUCGACAGGUCGACCUGAAAACCUCCUAAUGUGUUAUCUCCCACCUAGUUUCUAUCACCAUGCCCACCUCUCCACCUCCCGGACCGGGCAGUAACUCCAGCACAGUGCCCUGGGACCCAGGCGCGCCACUGUCACCCUCUCUGGUAAACAGCACCGUAAAGAUGGUUCUCAUCUCUAUGAUCGUGUGCACCUCGCUUUUCGGCAACAUAGUGGUGCUGCUGGUGUUUCAGCGCAAGCCGCAGCUGCUCCACGUCGCCAAUCGCUUCGUGCUCAACCUAAUCCUGGCCGACCUCCUGCAGACGGUGCUGGUCAUGCCAUUUGCCAUCGCCGCCACCGUGCCCGAGGUAUGGCCCCUGCAUGCCCGUCUGUGCCAGGCACUUGUGGUCCUCAUGCAUCUGUUCGCAUUCGCGGGUGUCAACACCAUCAUCGUGGUGUCUGUGGACCGCUACCUUGCCAUCAUCCACCCGCUGUCGUACCCGACCCGCAUGACACCCCAUCUUGGCACCAACUUGAUUGCUCUCACGUGGUUCCUCAGCCUGCUUCAGAGCACACCACCGCUUUAUGGUUGGGGAGCCAUCGAGUUUGACCACCGCCACAACGUAUGCACUGUGGUGUGGUCUUCAAGUUACUCUUAUUCGGCUUUCGUGUCAGCGCUCUCCUUCUGGUUGCCCGUGGUGAUCAUGCUUUGCUGCUACUGGAUGGUGUUUCGUGCCGCAAGGAGACAGAACGCUCUCGUUCACCCCAUCCAAUCAAAUCCUCCGCCGGAUUCCCAGGCAUCCUGUUCUAGUCCUCAAAGGAUGCCGCCCCAACCAGAGGGACCCUUCUCAGCCUCCUAUCCAAUGAGGACUCGCCACAGACGCUUCCAUUAUCACUGCAAGGCGGCGCGGGUGGUGUUUGUCAUCAUGGCAUCUUACGUGCUCAGCAUGGGCCCUUACAGCAUUCUGAGCAUUAUAUCUAUUUACUCUAGCGCGUCAGUGCCUCCCUGGUUGGCCUCUAUGGCUCUCAUUUUGUUUUUCCUGCAGUGCUGCCUACACCCCUACAUCUACGGCUACAUGCACCGCAGCGUACGUAAGGAGUUCCUGGCCCUGCUCUGUGGGCCGCUGUGUGGACAGCGCCGAAUCAGUCAAGGCUCUGCUGUGGACAGCUGCUUCACUGUGACGGAUGGGCGUUUGCCGCACACCCACCUUUCGAGUCAGGCUGCCCGUGUGUGCCCACUCCGCACCUGGGAGGAAGGGACCACAAGUGACUCCCCUACUGAGGGGAGGUCUAAGGAUAGCCGUAAAGAGACAACCUCCAUCAGUCUAAGCUCAGAGAAGGAGCUCACCGUUCACAGCACCAAGCAAACAGCUUAGGAAACAGCAGUAAGGCCGGUGAGAUUUACAGUAUUGGGGUAUAAAUAUAUUUAUGGUUUCGAAGAGUUUUAAGAGGGGCACAAUUUGACACUAAAUCAAAUGACUAUUUCGUGCCUUUCAAUACAACCUAACUGAAUACGCUGUAUCUCUUAACCAUAUGUAUUAAAAAUGGUAAGGCUGUAUGUUGUUUGACAACAACAACAAAGCCUAGCAAUUGUAUUUUCCUGGAUAACGAUUAAGGGUAUUUUCACACCUAGUUGAUUUGCGCCCUCCAAACGCUCUUGGAGCAAUUCAGUGUGUAUAUGUGAACAAAGCAAGUGAUCCCGAACCGUUUGGGUUCUUUGUGGUUCAAUUUCUUUUUGACAUGUGAAAGCAAUAAAGUCAUAGUCCGCUUUGCGUGUCAUUUUAUGCAUCAAAAUCAACUGCUGCACAGAAAGCUGGGGUCUUAUGAAGUUGUGAUGUGAACAAGAAAGGGUCUGAGUUCACUUCAAUUCUCAAGAGGACUAAAAAAGGACUGGGUCCUAUAUAUUGUGAACACCAAAAGGACUGGGGUCACAUUCGGCUGGGUAAAGUAAACUGGGUGUGGUUCUUUUAAAAUUAACUAUUUGUGAAAACACCACAAGUCUUGUCUGGAACUAUCGAGACUCAUGCCAAUGGUGAAAGAGUAUUAAAAAUUCUCAUUUUAGUCAUGAAGUAAGUUUCUGCACAUGCAGUAAGUUUGUCAUAAUGGUUAUUUACCUUGAAAACAAGGUCGAGUUUAAACAGCAACUAUGAAAUACUUACUAAAUGUUUAAAUUAGGGAUGCACCGAUAGGAUUUUUUUGGGCCGAUACCGAUUUAAACAGGCAACUUCUGGCCGAUACCGAGGCCGAUAUUAAACACUUGUAUACAAUACUAUACAGUUAGUCUAUUUGCUAGUUUAUUUCUGCAUCAAAUUAUUUUUACUGAACAUGGAUUUGAUCUAAUUAACAUUCAACUGACCAACAUAAUAAGAGAGACACAAAUUAAGCUAAAACAAAUAUAAGAAGACAGCAUGACAACCUUCAAAGGUGGUUUUUCCUAUUCAGCAUUUAUUUUAUUAACAACAUUAAAUCGUUUUUUUUACAUAUAAUGGAUUUCUUUAUGCAGUUAAUUAAUAAACAAUCGGUAUCGGCCUUUCUCGUGAUAUUGCCGAUAUGCCGAUGGUUUCAAAUUCAUCAAAAAGCGGCCGAUACAUCGGUGCAUCACUAGUUUAAAUGUUAUCAUAGAGACAUGGUAUGAAGUGCUUCAUCAAAGAUACGUUGCUUUUGUUUUAGAAAUGCAGGAAUAAUGCACUGUCAGAACUAAAUGGUCCUUUGAUGUCACUUGGGGGUAACACCUUUGCAUCUAAAGAGUUUAUAUUUAAAAGUGCAUAUUAGUACCUCAAAGGUAUAGAUUUGGUACAUAUUAAGACCUUUUUAAAGGGUACUGCCCUGGUGAUAGCUUGAGACCAUUUUGUCAGUGUAGUGAGUGAACUGUCGAAAAAUACGUUUAUAAUACUAUAUAAAGAAGUGUAUUAUAUAUAAAAACAAAAUGAAUGUUCUUUGUAUAAUGUACAGUACAUCCAUCUGAAAAGGAACAACUGUAUUGCUCUUAAACAGUACAAUUUAAAGACAAAAGAUUUUUAUAUAGUGUUUUAUUUACUGGAAUCAAAAUUCUUUGAUAGAAAAAGUGUAUUAAAUGUGAGACUGAUUGUAGAUGUACAAUCGUUUUUGUUUUAGAAAAUGUGAGAAUUUUAAGUUAUUGUUUAUUAUUUAUGUACCAAUAUAAUACUCAAGCAUUGAAUCUCAUUAACAUUAUAUGGGUCAGUUAUUCAGAACUGCUACUGUUCCAACUAAGUCUCAGUAGAAAUGUGACGUUAUGAAUUAGGAGAGAUUGAUUGGAUCUUUAUGUAAUUUAGUUGUAAACCUUGUAAUUUAUGUCUUAAUAACCCUGGAAAUUAUGUUGGGUGUAGUACACUCUCAGCUAAACAUGACGUCCAGACUGUAGACUAUUUAACAAAGGUGCUUUCUUGGCAGACUCUUCAUUUUUUAUUGUAUUUUUCUUGAAAAUGACACCACCAUUAUCCAACAGACAGCAGUAUUAAAUAUUACAUUUCAAUAUUUUAACUUAGAGGUUGAAUCCCACAGAACGUUUUAGUGUUUGUGUCACAUUUCACCCCAAAAUUAAAAUAACAAAAUAUUUGCCACAUUUGAGCAUAUUCCUCCAAUUGGCAUUAUCAUAAUGCAAGCAAAUCACAUUGUUUUUACAUUCGUGAGAACUGUUUGAUGAUGUUCUUUUAUUUUAGGGUGAAAUGUGAUCUAUAUAUUUUUUUGUGAUUCAUCCGAGCAGCCAGUGAUCUCAGGGUUAUACGAUGUGAGUGAGAAAUGUCAGAGUGCCUCCCUAUAUAAAUGACUUGGUUUAUGAAAUAGUAUACUUGUAAAUAUGAUGGCUUCAUAUUAUGUUAUAUAUACACCGGUUGGUUAUAGUUUAAUAUUCAAAGCGAGACAGCUAGUGCUCAUGUUGGGAUGUUCAGAUGUCGACCCUAAAGGGCACAUAUUAUGGCCAUUUUUGCAAGAUGUCAUAAGUCUCAGGUGUGCCUAGAAUUUGUCCGUGAGGUUUCAGUUCAAAAUAUCCCACAAAUCAUUAGUUAUAGCAUGUCCAAAAUGCCCCUAUUUGGGAGGGAGCAAAAGGCGCUGUUUUCAUGUGUGUACCUUUAAAUGCAAAUGAGCUGCAGCUCCUUACUCCCUUACCAAAA